AAACGUUAUAGGUUUUACAACCUACGAGGUUGGAAAGGUGGCGCACCACAAACUCGUUCUAACACUCAAGGAUAUAGGACGAAUUUCGUUUUCGCGCGAUCUGCCCGUUGAAGAUCUACGUCGGACUUUCAUCAAGCAUGAUGAUCGUUACAUGGAGCAAGUUCUGGAGAUGCGCACUGCCACACAUCCAAAAUCUGGUUACUUGGAGCAUACUAGAGUGAUUUACACAAGACAGAAGGACGAUUAA